GUCACCUAUACGAGAGGCUUGGCAACACGCUAUUGUGUCUGUGCAUUGCGUACUGCAACCAGGCAACGAGGGGGAUCGGCCGCGCUGCUUCCACAUGCACGAGCGGUGCUUUACAGGUGUUUGUCCGGGAUUUUAGAGCGUUUGCGCAGGAAGCGGCGAUCCGACGCCAGUGACCGGGCAGGUGAUGCUUGCUCACGUAAGGCGCACGCGUGUGAUGAGGGGCGCAGGGGAAGCGGUUGGAGGGUGCGCGCUACUGUUGCACCGCCUCACCGGAUAACCGCUAUCUCAUCCUGUCUGGUCUUCCCCGGCUUCCUCUUUACUGACUGACGGAUUUAGCGGACAGAGACUUCUUCGUGAUAUAUAUUUUGAAGUGGAUCAAAUGCCUGAUCUGGCGUGGAGUGUUUAUCAUUUAUUGUGAUACCCGCUAUACGCGCACAAGAUUUUUUUUUCCCACCCGGGGAGGCAAUGCGCCCACCCAUGCGAUGCUAGCCUAUUAGCUGGAGAGAGAGAAAGAGAGCGAGAGGGAGGAGAGAGAGGGAGAGGUUUCAGUCGUGGAUUCAAGAGAAGACUAAUUUACGAGUCUUGCUUUGCCUUUCAGGAAAGGGGAGAAGAGGCGGAGGGCGGUUGGUAAAGGAGAAUGCAGCAGUCACAUUUUUUAAGCAUGCAGAAGAAGCGGGCCGUUUCCGGUUCCUAGGCUGGUGUGUGAGAGCGCGUGUGUGUGUGUGCGUGAGAGGGUGCGUGAGAGUGUGUGUGCGCGCGUGCGUGUUGGAGUGUGCGUGUUAGUGUGUUAUUGAGUGUGCCCCCCAUCCGAGGCCAGCAGCCGUAUGGGGAAAGCGGCGGCACACACAGAUGGCAUGGACACUUCCACAAGGUCUGCCGCUCUGCCUCUGCCCUGCCGGAGCUCGUUCGCCGCCGCCGUCUCUCUCUUGCAGCUCCCUCCGCCGCCCAGCAGCACUGCACCACAGCACAGGCUGACGGACCAGGCGUACCGAUCAGCUGUGGUCAUUGAGGGCGAGGUGCGCUCCUCCCCGGAGAACGUCUCCUCCCGGGAGCCCUACAGUGUGAAUGUCAAAGUGCUGGACGUGUGGCCCGUCAACAGCGGCGGCCUCGAGAGGGAGCAGCUCGUCACCGUCGGGGACUUUAGUUCCGAGGCCCCAUGCGCCACGGUGGAGAAGGACCACAAAUAUAUCUUUUUCAUGGACCCGACCGGGGAGCCCUACGUGUUCAAGGCGUCUUACGCCCCCGUGGACGCCAGCGAGCCGGAGCUCAAGAAGGAUGUGGAGAGAGUGUUGUGCGAGGACUGCGCCUCUGUUCCGAAGCUGCGUUUGAUGCAAGGCCAGUCUCUAAUGGAAGGGGACAAACUGUACUUGAAGUGUGAGGCGUCAGGGAAUCCAAGCCCUUCCUUUCGCUGGUACAAGGAUGGACAUGAGCUUCAGCGAGGGAGAGACCUCAGAAUAAAAACCAACAAAAAAAAUUCCAAGGUGCUGAUCAGUCGGGUGCGUGUGGAAGACUCUGGAAACUACACCUGUGUGGCUGAAAACUCAGUUGGACAAGAAAACGUCACAAGUAUUAUCAGCGUGCACAUAUUAACUACCACCACUUUGUCCUUGGGUGUGAGUCAUGUGAGGCACUGCAACGACACGGAAAAGGCCUACUGCAGCAACGGUGGAGACUGUUACUUCAUACAUGGUAUUAACGAGCUUUCUUGCAAGUGUCCCAAUGACUAUACGGGGGAACGCUGUGAAAACUCCGUCAUGGCUGGUUUCUACAAGCUUCUCAGAAUUGAAUUUAUGGAGGCCGAGGAGCUCUACCAAAAGCGAGUGCUGACGAUCACCGGAGUCUGUGUGGCCUUGUUGGUGGUUGGCAUUGUCUGUGUGGUGGCAUACUGCAAAACCAAGAAGCACAGGCAACAUCACCUCCAUCAGAACCAGAAUCAAUGUGUGGAGCAACCUAACCGCAUGCUGGCCAAUGGGCCCAACCACCCCGGGCCUGGUCCCGAGGAAAUUCCCAUGGUUGAUGUGAGUCCAAACAGUAGAAACAUACAGCAGAGACAGGUACAGUACAUCUCCAAGAGUGUUCCUACCACCGAGUGUGUCAUUAGCCACGGAGCUGAAGGUGCUGGCAACUAUGCUGGCAGCAGAAUGUCUACCCGCUCACAUCAUUCGACCACUGCCUCACAUGCAUCGAGACAUGAGGAGCAGACGUGGAGCAUGGAGCGAACAGACAGCAUGAAUUCAGACUGCCAGUCAGGUGGCCUGUCCAGCUCUGUUGGAACCAGUAAAUGCAGCAGCCCAGCUUGUAUGGCAAGGAGGGCUCACUGGGGCUGUACAGAUGUAACCAGUCCGGGAAUGCACUAUGGAGAUUCCUACGACUCAUUAAGGGAUUCACCUCACAGUGACAGGUACGUGUCCGCAUUGACCACACCAGCUCGCUUGUCUCCAGUGGAGUUUCACUACCCGCCGCUGCCUCCCCAAGUUCCAACUUUCCACAUCACCUCACCCAACACAAGCCACGCCCUCUCCCUACCACCUGCCGCUGCAACCUAUCACAGAGACGACGACCAGCCGCUGCUAAGAUGUCCUGAUGAUCGUAGUUUGUACAGGCAACCUCGACGGCCGCGUCGACCUUACCUGACAGAGAGCACAGGAAGUCUCCCAUCUAGUCCCUACCGUCUCCCUGAUGAAGAGGCCUAUGAGACCACGCAGGAGUACGCCUCCUCCAGAGAGCCCAUCCGGAGUCGACGGCGCCCGCGACGCAACCGCCUCAACGGACAAUCUCAGAGGUCAGCGGACUUACGGGACUACAGGUCACAGAGCUUCAGCCAAUCAGAGGAGGAAGAGGAAGAGGAGGAGGAAGACGAAGCUCAAGGGGAGAGCACGCCUUUCCUCAGUAUGCAGAACAUGAACAUGGACCUGCCUUUAACCGUGCCGGGUUUCCAUUCAUCGUCAGGGGCUGACACGCGGACUCACCGAGGGCUGAGUCGGCCGGGGACUCGAAGCAACGGACACAGUCGGAGCUCACAGUCGCAGCGAUUCAAGUCAGACAACAUGCCCCUUUAAGACUGCCCCCCAAACCCCUCUUGCCCACCCAUGCGGCCCUUUCCUUCCCUCCACACACCACUCCACCUCGCACACACCUCUUCCUUCUUCUGGACUAGAGACCUGCACCAAGGAGAAAUAUUUUUAUUUUGUAUAACAGACAGAUAUUGUAAACAAAUGAAAUAUUUAUUUUCAUUUCAGCAAAAAUUGUCUACUAGCUAACAGCAAAGACUUUUUUUAUAUAGGGGGGAAAUAUUUAUAUGUAAAGGUUUUUUGAUUUACAGCAGUAUGAGAGAUGAAAAUACGAGAAUUACGUGCCAAUUUUUUCACAAGUUAGAUAAAUAGAAUAAUAUUGUGGUGCCUUUUGCUGUACGCUGAAGUCGGAGAUCCCAUUGAGUUUUGUAGCCUUUCUUAUAAAGACUUCUCAUUUUUAUAGAGACCGAUCCUCUUCCUUACUUUUGCUUUGUUUUUCUUUUCUCUGAUUUGGGAUCCUCCUCUUUUGAACUGUGAUCUGAUUAUGUCAUCAUGCAAUAUUGAGUCCUUCUGUGUAAAAGGUGUCUGUUUACAUAGUUUUGAUUCAUGUAGAGCGCUCCUCUCACAGGGACACUGCUGGGUAGUUUUGUCACUUUGGCUGAACAUGCAUCAUUCAUUUACGUACGUCUUUCCACACUGCCUGAUUUGGUGAUUUGGUGAGAAGUGGAAUUUGAAUGAGGAUGCGGCAUCUCAUUCUCAUGUACGUGAUCAGGGUGCUGUCAUAACACAGGGGUUGGUUUUGAGAGUAUGUGUGUACAGUAUGUGUGCGCCUCAUCAAGCCUCAUGUGGUUGGUGUCUUGUUUUAUUUGCAAGUUCCUUUCACUGAUCCUCGCGCUGCCAGAAGUUCCAUUGCACUGACCCUUUCCUCGUGAGCAGUCAUUGGCCAGGGAGCCGUCCAUUAAAACCCACCAGUUGAAAUCCAGCCUGACUCUGGCCUCCUGUGGACUGCCAAGCCCACAUAUUUCCUAUGCCAGCAGCUUAGAGCCGCACUGUGUCUCAGGACUUCCCCAUCACAUCACACUUAAAAAGACUUGAGCAGAGAGAGCUCCUCAUCUCAAUAGCCUCUCAGUUUGCAGGCAAGAAUCACACCCCCCUCACUUUCCUUGACCAAGUCUGAUGCGUUCAGGUCAGGGCAGCGGUUUAGGAUGCGUGGGUAGAAAAGUGGACGAGCGAUUCCAUUUUGAUUUAUCAUUACUAUUACCCUUAACGUCCAAAGGCUGUCUGUAUGAAAAUGGGCAUGCAUGUUGCAAAUGAGACUACCCCGUUCCUACUUUAGGUUCAUUUCUUUUUGCGCGACUGGAAAGUUUGAGAAGAGUCAUCACCAUCCACUGCUUUGAAGUUAAAUAAUUAGUUUUAAGGCAACUCUGGCUUGACUUUUCAUUAAGCUCAAUUCCAAACACUGGUGUUACAUUGAUUACUGCAUCCAUGAUAUGUAUUUCAAUACUUUACUUGGAAAAUUAGUGUUGCUUGGUCACAUUGACUGAACGCUCUGUUUUACAUAUGUACCAUCUUCGCCUACCCCUUCCUCCCUCCCACAUCCAUAUUUUUCUUUACCCCUUAGAUAACUUCAGAAGCAUUGGUGAAUCAAGGCCCCAUCUUCUGCACACUAUUAUAGUAGGGUGAUGAUGCCAGAAACCCUUACAUUUCAGAUAUGUACAGUGCAUUGGGUCUAGAGAGCCCUCCAGGUUCAAUGUGUCCGAUACAAUAAUCUUCACUCUUAUAUUAUUUUCACACAGGAGAUGCAUGGAUCACGGUAAAAAAAAAAGUUUUUUCAAAAGAGAAACCCCUUCAAUUUAGGGGAAUCAUAUUAGAAUUAUAUAUAUAAAAACAUUAUUUGGCUUUAAUGGCUCAGAGGUCUGCCUAGUUUUGUCUUAUUAUCACUGUAAUCAAUCUGGGAUUUGCAAUGUGGAAAUACUGCAAGUGAGGGUAGUGUGCUUCUAGAGCUAGUUGAAUUGUUAAAACUCCAACCCUCUUUCUCCUCACCUUUUCAAUCUAGACACACGUUAUACACUUUGCAUACACAACCACGCAUACAUGUACAAGACACCACACGAACACAUACAGAGCCCUUUCACAUCUGUGUAUUUCACGCAGUUUGGCGCUAUUAUUUUUUAUUUUGAACCGACUCCCUCUCUUCUCCUCUACGCUCAGCUCCUCCCCCUGCAUGUCCUAGUGGUACUGGUAGUUGGGUGCAUGGAUAAAGCAGUCAGCAAACUGUUUCUUUUUUCCACUUGGUGAAAAAAAAUGUGUAUUCAUUUUAACAUUCAGCAAUAAAUCCCCUUAUCUUCAUGUCCGACGUUCUUGGAAUAUGCUAGAAUUUUGUUUGUUUGCAAGUUUUACCGAGAAAGAAAAAACAUGUAAAAGACAAAAAGUCUAAAAUCACUCAAUUCAUAUGGAAAAAAUAAAACUUUAUUCCUACCAUUGAAAAAAAGGCCUGUCAUCUUUAUCUAAAGUAAAGAUGAUUGUUUCUUUUACUUUUUUUCCGGUCACGUCCAGUAAA